AUGUGGAAAUCUUUUUUAGCCGGAGGAAUAGCCGGAAUGUGUUCAAAAACGGCUGUUGCUCCUUUAGAUAGAAUAAAAAUUUUAUUACAAGCUCAUAACAAUCAUUACAAACAUCAUGGAGUUUUCUCAGGUUUAAAGGAAAUAAUUGUUCAUGAAAAUUUUUUAGCUUUAUAUAAGGGAAAUGGUGCACAAAUGGUCAGAAUUUUCCCGUAUGCUGCUGUACAAUUUACUUCAUAUGAAAUAUAUAGAAAAAAUUUACCUAAAUUCUUUGGACAUAAUUCGCAUGCUGCUAAAUUUUUAUCUGGCUCCAGUGCUGGAGUCACUGCUGUCUGUCUCACUUAUCCGUUGGAUACAAUAAGAGCAAGACUUGCUUUUCAAGUAACAGGGGAACAUGUUUACAAAGGUAUCGUACAUGCAGCUCUUUCAAUUUUCAAACAGGAGGGUGGAUUGAGAGCUUUAUACAGGGGUUUCAUUCCCACAGUUUGUGGAAUGAUUCCAUAUGCUGGAUCUUCCUUUUACUGUUUCGAAAUGUUUAAAUAUUGCUGUAUGAAAUAUACUCCUCAUUUGACAAGUACAAAGCAUUCAAGAAAUACAGGAGGGUUAGCUUUGAAUGUUUUUGGAAAACUUCUUUGUGGUGGAUUGGCAGGUGCUGUUGCUCAAAGUAUAUCAUAUCCAUUGGAUGUUACCAGAAGAAGAAUGCAAUUGGCUAUGAUGAAUCCUGACACUCAAAAAUUUGCUGUGGGCAUGUUCAGAACUUUGGUUUUAAUAUACAAAGAAAAUGGAAUUGUUUCUGGUUUAUAUCGUGGAAUGAGCAUAAAUUAUCUUCGAGCAAUGCCUAUGGUUGCAGUUUCAUUUUCAACAUACGAGCUUUUGAAACAACUUUUAAACAUGGACACCGGAAUACAAUUGUAA